GCAGAGAAGUGCCGGAGUUUUAAACUUAACACGGAAGCUCGUACAUUACAAGGAAGUAAUAUACACAUACAUCCCGAGUGACAGCUUGAAUGGUGGACUUGCUGCCCAGUUGACGACAUUGAUCAUGAGUGGAACUCUUCCCGAGUACUCUGGACUCGUCCGAUGGACCAUAAACGAUGUGGGGCAAUGGCUUUCAGCGAAUGGAUUCCCAGAAUUUUGUCGCAGCUUUCGAGAAGCAGGAAUAGAUGGUGUGAAGUUUGUGGAAUUGGAUGAAACUGAAAUGAAUCGAAUGAGAACACCAAUGAAUAAAAGAGGCAAAUUGAUCACUAUUAUCAAGAGCAUUAAGAAACCAGAUCUACCUGGGAUACAGACCAUCAUCAGCAGUCGAGCACCUGCCAGUCCUCGUAUCCCUCAGAGGGACUAUAACCAGAAGGCACCUCCGCAAAUCUCAGCUACUCGCAUAGACAGCGGUAUUGAUGACUCUGGAUCUGGUUCAGAUGAUGACUAUGAAUGGGCCCCCAGUGACUUUGAGGAUGACCAUGAGGACGGAGGACACGGAGGACAAGGGGGACACGGUGGACACGGUCACAGUUCGCACAACAGAGAUGGGCAUACAGGUCAGACCCAGGAAGAUUCAGAUUCUAGUCCUGAUGAUGACUAUGAAAACACAUCGGAACACAAAGCACCACCUGUUCACAGAGGAGAAACUCACAAGGAAAAGUUUUCUGUUGCUAACUUGAAAACAGCCCUAAAUGACUUUAAACAAAAUUCUGUGAUAAUAAAGAAAGGACACCAAAAUGUUCAAGAUGAUCCAGAGGAGAAUUAUGAUGAACCUGAUAGAAAACAGCCCCCUCCUCAGCCUGGUCGUGCAGGAAGAACUGCAUCCCCUGUGUCGUCUCAGCCCGCACUGCCAUCCCGUCCUGGCCGACGAGCCCAGCCAGCCCCAGAGGAGGAACAGCCAACCUAUGAGGAGACAGAUGACCCUGAGCCUCCAUUGCCAUCCCGUCCUGGUCGACGAGCACAGCCUGCCCCAAAAAAAGAACAGCCUCCCCAACCUGCCCGUCCUGUCCGACGAGCCCAGCCUGUCCCGUCCUCACAGGAUGACCAGUCCAACUAUGAGGAGACAGAUAUAAGUGACUUAGCUCCUGAGGAUGUAUAUGAGGACCCCGACAAUCCCACUUCCUCACAACCCCCUCCCCCUCCACGUGGUGGCAGACGUGUAAUUCCAACACCUCAACCAACACAGAAUACUCGCAGACCUGCAACUUUGCCGGUCAAUGAGCCGGAGGCAUAUGACAGGAAUAUUUAUCGAGAAUCGGAAUAUUACGAGGAUCCAAACGAAUUACCAGAGGCCCCUAAACCUCCCAUUAAUGACCAGCCAACCUAUGAGGAACUAGAAGAAGAACAAGAGAAAAAUAAGAGCAACCAAAAACAUAAAACACCUGCUCGGCCUCCAGGAAAAACCACACCCAGCAAGUCCUCCGCUCCUCCUACUAGAGGUUGCAAGGUUAUAUCCAGCUCAGAUAGUGACACAGAAGACUAUGAAAAACCCAACGAACCUACUGCUCCAAUCCCUACUCGCUUUCAAUCCAGACAAAAAGCCUCCCGUCCUCCAGAACCGUCACCAACAGACGACCAACCAGAAUAUAUGGACAUGCAACCUAAUGGAUCCCAGAACCUUGUUGAAGAUGAUAUCUAUGUUGUACCAGAUGAGGAAGACAACAAAAAAACAUCCAAAGCAGCACCUCCCCCUGUGAACCGUGGUAGCAGAGAUCUCCCAAAAGCCCCUGUGAACCGGGGUAACAGAGAUCUCCCAAAUACACCAGGAUUUGCAUCCCAGUUCAGGUUGCCACCUCAACAAGCAGAAACUCCACCUGUCCUAAAGUCCAAUAAAAAGGAGCCCAAAAAGGAGCCAGUGGUAGAGAGGGUCCCACCCAGGAGUCUGCCACCACCCCCGAAAGGAGGAGGUUCUCGCCCUCUUCCCACAGUCCCUCCAGUGAACGACCAGUUUGCAGAUGAGGUUGAUGAUACAGAGGAGGACUUGAGCUGCUAUGACUGGUUUAGAAGGAACAUGACACGACAGGAAGGUGACACAAAGCUCAAACAGAACAGUCAGAAUGGAAUGUUUGCUAUAAGAGAGUCCAACAAAAAGUCAGCAGACGGUGAUCCUCGACCUUACACACUCAUGAUAUUCAACGAUAAGAAAGUCUACAACCUGCCCAUACGGAAACGUAUAUCAGAUGGACAUUAUGCCAUGGGAAAUCCUAAACCUAGGGAAGAGACCUUUCCAAAACUAGCUGACUUGGUGGCUUUUUUCUCCAAAAGGAUGAUCGUGUUGGCUGGGAGUGGACAAACACAUCUAAAAAAGCCAAUACCUUAGCAAAGGAUGGAUGGCUUAUUCUCCAAUGCACUUUGUAAACUGAUGUCAUGGACCUUAAAAUGUUGUUUAGCCAAUUAUAAAACUGCCAUUCAGAGGACUUUCAAAUGCUUAGUGGACAUGAAUAACCUUGAAAUGAUCAAGGUCAAGGUGCAUGCAGGGGCCUUAAAGUGAUAUUCAUAUAUCCUGGAGUUGCUUUUAAGGGGACAGUUGAGAGAUAGUGCAAUUGAUAGGAAUAACAGGAAAGUGCACAUGGACAAUCAUCAUUUCAUGUUUAAAUAUAUGAACAGUGGUCUUAGACCACUUGUUAUAUAUACACAGUCAUCUAAGGCAUAGCCUUAUCUGUGGUCUUAGACCACUUGUUUAAAGUAGAUCAGCAAUAUCUUGGCAACUUACCAAAAGUCAGGCCACAUAUCUUGGCAACUUGUCUAAGGACAGGCUAUAUAUUUUGGCAAUAUGUCUAAGGUCAGGCCACAUAUCUUGGCAACUUGUCAAAUGUCAGGCCAUAUCUUGGCAACUAGUCUAAGGUCAGGCUAUAUCUUGGCAGCUUGUCUAAGGUCAGGCCAUAUCUUGGCAACUUGUCUAAGGUCAGAUAAUAUCUUGGCAACUUGUCAAAUGUUAUGUCAUAUCUUGGACACUUGUCAAAGGUCAAGCCAUAUCUUGGCUGCUUGUCUAAGGUCAGGUCAUAUCUUGGACAGUUGUCUAAGGUCAGAUAAUAUCUAAAGUAAGGCCAUAUCUAGGCAGCUUGUCUAAAGUCAGGCCAUAUCUUGGCAGCUUAUCCUAAGUCAGGUCAUAUCUUGGACACUUGUGUAAGGUCAAGCAAUAUCUUAGCAACUUGUCUAAGGUCAGGCCACAUCUUGGACACUUGUCUAAGGUCAGGCCACAUCUUGGUAGCUUGUCUAAGGUCAGGCCAUAUCUUGGACACUAGUGUAAGGUAAGAUCAUAUCUUGGCAAUCUUGUAAGGUCAGACCAUAUCUUAGCAGCUUGUCUAAUGUCAGGUCAUAUCUUGGACACUUGUCUAAGGUCAGGCCAUAUCUUGGCAACUUGUCUAAGGUCAUGCCAUAUCUUGGCAAUCCUUUAAGGUCAGGUCAUAUCUUGGCAACUUGUCUAAGGUCCGACCAUAUCUUGGCAUCUGGUCUAAGGUCAAUUUAUAUCUUGGGACACUUGUCUAAGGUCAGGCCAUAUCUUGGCAGCUUGUUUAUGGAAUAGCUGUGCCAUUGACAGCGAAUACAUGUUCUAAAUUGAUGCUGAUAUCCCAGUGAAAACAAACCCCACAGUAUUUCGUUAUUUGACAAUGUAUUGUGCUUCCCUUUGUAUAUAAGGAAAGUUGUUUUAGCGAAAGUGUUGUUCUGAAGGGUAAUGUAUACAUUGACAUUUAUGCUCAAGGAAAUGAACAAUUAUUGCAGUGAGCUGAAUUUAAAUAUCCCGAAGAAUAUGCUGUAGUGGGGCGUCCGUUGUCCGUCCGGCAUCAAUGCUUUACUUUAAUCUAAAGACCUUCACCAAUUUUCAAGGUCACAGGGGGUAAAAUAUGUUAAAACUUUAAACAACUUCUUCUGAAUAACCAAAAUGCCA